AUGCGACUUUUCGCGUCUACAGCGCUCUUCGCGCUGUCCCCCCUCCCUCUCGUUCUUGGGGCCACUUAUCUCCUCACUGACAAUAUCGUCGGGAAGACAUUUUAUAGCAAUUUUGAUUGGGAGGCCAUUCCGGACCCUACGCAUGGGAGGGUCAACUACGUUAAUUCAGCAACCUCUUCGUCUCAGAACUUGACUUUCGCUACCUCUGAUACGUUUAUCCUCCGAACGGAUUUCAAGACCGUGCUUGAUCCAAAUGGGCCUGGAAGAAACUCGGUUAGAAUUCGUUCAAAGAAGACGUACACUACGCAUGUUGCGGUAUUCAAUAUGCGACAUAUGCCCCAAGGAUGCGGGACGUGGCCGGCUGUAUGGGAGACGGAUGGAGCGAAUUGGCCCAAUGGUGGAGAAAUCGACAUUCUUGAAGGCGUAAACGACCAGGCUCCCGAUCUGGUCUCGGUACACACAAGCCCGGGCUGCACAAUGCCAAGUUCCCGAACCAUGACUGGCACGCCUACGUAUCUCGACUGUCAAACCGGUGCCAAUAGUAACGCGGGGUGCGGCGUCAAGCUCUCAACUACCCUCAGCUAUGGACCGGCAUUCAAUAAAGUAGGAGGGGGAUGGUAUGUCAUUGAAAGAUCCCCGACCUACAUGAAAGUGUGGUUCUGGUCCAGGCGCGAUACAAGUGUCCCAGCUGAAGUGGCUAACGGCGGUCAAUAUGUGAAUCCUGAUACGUGGGGAACACCCGCCGCGUACUUCCCCAAUACUUCCUGCGACUUCCCUUCCCAUUUCGACGCUCACAGUAUUAUUAUCAAUUUGACCCUCUGCGGGGACUGGGCUGGCGCUACUUACGGCCAAACCUCGUGUCCGUCGACCUGCGUAGGUUAUGUGAACAACAAUCCGUCAGCUUUCACCGACGCAUAUUUCGAUUUCGCCUCUUUGCGGGUAUAUGGUGCAACUGUUCCCCUAACAAAGCGGGGAGUUGAUGUUCAUGGUCGCGCUCACCGUCGUGAAUUUUAAGUAUACCAGACGUUCAUUUUGACAGCCGUUCUUUUCUAUCGUCUUUCGUUUAUUACCAUUCGUUUUCACAGCCAUUCUUUUUCGGACAAAUAAUUGGAGUAACUAGUAAUUGUUAAUGUUGUUUUAUUAACAUCAAAGGGCACGAAAUUCAAGAGGCUGCUUUUC